UCCCUCCCGCCCGCCUUCCGCCUGCAUGGAGAGAGCCACAGAAUGGCGGAGCGAGAGAAAGGAGCCGCAUCCCCUCCCGCCUCCUCCCCCUUCCUGGGGCUGCACCUCGCCUCGCCCCCCAAUUUCAGGCUCACCCAUGACAUCAGCCUCGAGGAGUUCGACGAUGAAGACCUCUCUGAGAUCACUGACGAGUGUGGAAUCAGCCUGCACUGCAAGGAGAGCCUGGCCACCCGAGGCCAUGUGAGCCGGCCGGGCGGCGGGGCCCGGGCGGCGGGCGGCGGGGAGGCCGGCCGGCUGCAGGCGGAGAUGCUCCAGCUCGACCUCAUCGACGCGGCGGGGGAGGCGCCGGCCGAGGAGCAGGCGGCACCUGAACCCCUGCAGACGGAACCCCCGGCCGGCACGACGGACGUUUAUAAGCCGAAGAGACCCACAACUCUCAACCUCUUCCCGCAGGUGCCUCGCAGCCAGGACACUCUGAAUAACAACUCUCUGGGGAAAAAGCACAGUUGGCAGGAGCGGGUGUCCCGGUCAUCGUCCCCUCUGAAAACAGGUGAGCAGACCCCUCCCCAUGACCACAUUUGCCUGAGUGAUGAGGUCAAUCACCAAAACAGCACAACCUCCACCAAAGACCGGGGCACGUCCACGGAGAGCCCGUGCCGGCGCACAGCGGCCACCCAGAUGGCACCCACCUGUGUCGCUUUGUCCCGGCCACCCGAGAAGCACCAGGCCACCAGCCGGCCCCCACCGCAUGGUGCCAGCGUGGUGGUGGUGACAACAAGGGGCCCCGAGGCCCACCGGGACCGCAUCCACUACCAGACGGACGUGAGGUUGGAGGCCACAGAGGAGAUCUACCUGACACCCGUGCAGAAGAAUUCAGACCCCCUGGAGACUGACAAGCCAUUCCUGUCUCAGUCCAGUGAGAACCGCAUGUCCCUCAGUUCCGACAUCGACACCUCUGGCUAUUCGGCCCUAGCAGGGAAAACCAACCCCUCCAUCAGUGAGGAGGACGAGGUGCUGGACUACAUGUCCUCCCCUGACAAGACAAACCUGCCCAGGGCUUCCUGUGGUGGUGGGAGCGGGGGCUCCCGGCCAGGGCACAACCUUCAGAGAGCCUCGGUGAGUUCGGACACCAGUGCCCUCUCCUACGACUCGGUCAAGUACACACUGGUGGUUGAUGAGAACGUGCAGCUGGAGCUGGUCAGCCUCAAGCAGUGCUACUCGGGCUAUAGUGACGAGAGCGACUCGGCCACCGUCUAUGACAAUUGUGUCUCCUCGCCCUACGAGUCGGCCAUUGGCGAUGAGUAUGAGGAGGACGCAGACGCACUGAAGCGUGACUCAGUCUGCCUCUCUGAGGACUCCACCCCCGAGGCAGACAUCCACUUCUCCAAGAAGUUCCUCAACGUCUUCAUGAGUGGCCGGGCGCGCUCCUCCAGUGCCGAGUCAUUUGGGUUGUUCUCCUGCAUGAUCAACGGGGAGGAGCAGGAGCAGACCCACCGCGCUGUCUUUAGGUUUGUGCCUCGCCACGCGGAUGAGCUGGAGCUGGAGGUGGACGAUCCUUUGCUGGUGGAGGUGCAGGCAGAAGAUUAUUGGUACGAGGCCUACAACAUGCGGACGGGUGACCGGGGCAUUUUUCCUGCCUACUAUGCUAUCGAAGUCACCAAGGACCCAGACCAUGUAUCAGCUCUGGCCAAGAGCAGCGACUGGGUGGACCAGUUUCGAGUGAAGUUCCUUGGCUCGGUGCAGGUUCCCUAUCAUAAGGGCAAUGAUGUGCUGUGUGCGGCCAUGCAGAAGAUUGCCACCACGCGCCGCCUCACUGUGCACUUUAACCCACCCUCCAGCUGUGUCCUGGAGAUCAGCGUGCGCGGGGUCAAGAUUGCUGUGAAAGCUGAUGACUCCAAGGAGCACAGCAAGGUAAACAAGUGUAGCCAUUUUUUCCAGCUGAAGAACAUUUCCUUUUGUGGGUACCAUCCAAAGAACAACAAAUAUUUUGGGUUCAUCACCAAGCACCCUGCUGACCACAGAUUUGCCUGUCAUGUCUUUGUCUCGGAGGAGUCCACAAAGCCACUGGCGGAGUCUGUAGGGAGGGCUUUUCAGCAAUUCUACACGGAGUAUGUGGAGUACACGUGCCCCACGGAGGACAUCUACCUGGAGUAGGAGCUGGCACAAGCACCUCCUGCACAGCCAGGGCUGCAAUCUCGCCCCUUCCCCGUGUCAUGCAUGGACAAGAGCUGCUUUGAGCCUGGAGGAGGAGUGGGCCUGUGGCAGGGCUCCCCGGGGCAUGGAGCGCCACCUCUUUUUCAUGACUCCCCUUCCUCAGGCUGGGGGGAGACGGGAGGGGGGAGGGCUGGACAAAUUGUGUUUAUUGUACAAAAUACUCUUAGUUUAUUCUAUUGGAGAAGCACCCGCUGGGUGCUCUGCCUGUGAGCAGCGGAGGGGUGGGCAGCAGCGUGCUUGGGCCCUGUCCUGCUGCAAGCUGGGGUGACAGCAUCUCCUCCUUGUGGCUGUGGCCCAGCUUCCCGUCACGCCCCUCUGGGGUGAUCUUUUUUAAUGCAGUGGUAGGGGAUUCAGACUCUCACGGUACGAAGACACAGCAGCUAUAGCAAACAAGACCCAUGUGUUGACUCAUGCCUGGGUGAUUGGCUUGCCCUGGAUGUGCAUCACCACCCUGGGGUCAAGGCUGCUGGGUAGGGGUGACAGAGGAAGGCCUGGUGCCUCCUCUGCCAGAGGCGUGGUAGCACCAGGAUGAGCUGAGACAGCUCACCCCUACCUCUGCCCCCCCCACCCAUCCCUCCCCUAUUGUAUCUGUGCCCUGGGGAGAGAGAAAAGUGUCCCCAAAUACCUCCCUGCAGUAACUACACCCCUGGGAGGGGGGACUUUCUCUGCCCCUUUCCCCCUCUCCCUCCAGCUGCAGGUGGCAGAGGCAUUGUCAGGGCUGGGCCGCCCCAGGGUGGUGGGGCUCAGUCCCUGCCAGAAGCGGGCCAGGGAAGGGCUAAAGCCUGCAGGGUGCCACGUGAAGCACCUGGGAGGUAGAAAGAGCACUCCUGGUCCCUGCAGCCAUCAGUCUCUGUGCUUCAGCUGGAUCUGCUGCGAUGGCAACAACUAUUAAAUAUGAUGGUUCCUGGA